AUGUCAACUGCCAGGUUGACGUUUCUUUACCCGCACCUAUUCCGCGCCCCUCGUUUCGGCGAGUCGGCAACUCAAGCUGCCACGCACCUGACCCGUCGUAGGGCAGCGUGUGAGAAUUGGCGGCCGAUCACAUGUCAACAGACCGCAAAUUAUGCGAGGGCAACAUCGCCCAAGCGAGCCACCUACGUUGCACGACAUGGCAAGGCCGUUGAGCCACAGCCAUUGACCGGCGAGAACAAAGCCGAUGCCACCAAGUCGACUUUAAAGCCAGACUCGCAGUCCAGUACGUCCAAGUCAGGCCGUAUAAAGGCUGCUUCUCCGACGGAGGCUAUUCCCGCCGAGAGCCUAAAAAAUGCUCCGGCAGGUAGCGCGACGGAUAUCCCUCCGGUGAUCGAGCUCUCGGCCCCGACGGCACCGCCUCCUCCUCCCCCAGGUGCCGAAGACAUGGCUGGGGAGUUAAAGAAGACCCGGUCUAGUGGGCCGAUGGACACGAUAUUACACAUGGGCAGCCCGGAGAUGAUGCAGACGCAGCAUCCGCACCUCAAGCCGGCUCCGUAUGUGCACCACUUUGACACGUAUUCCCUCGUUAAGCGGCUCGAGGAGGGUGGCUACACGCAGGACCAGGCCAUCACUGCGAUGAAGGCAGUGCGUGGGUUGUUGGCGCAAAAUCUGGGCCAGGCCAAGGACGGUCUAUACAGCCGCAGUGACAUGGAUAACGAGUCGUAUCUGUUCCGUGCAGCUUGUUCUGAGCUGAGCGUGGAGCUCCGGAACAUGCGACGGAUCAACGACGAGCAGAUUCGCCAGCAACGGACACAUGUGCAGCACGAGGUCGAUAUCCUGACUCAGUCGCUCAACCAGGAGCUCCUAACUUUAAACGACAAUGUCAAGGGCAUGUUCAACGACAGGAGGAUGGCUGUCCGGGAGGAGCAGAAGGCAGCCGAAAGUGCUAUCCAACAAAUCAACUAUAAAAUCAGCGUCACACUCAACAGUGACGCAAAAUCUGAUAUCGAGGGCCUGCGUUGGGUCCUCAUACGGAGAGGUGUCCUUGGCCUUAUUCUGAUGGCACUCUUGUCGCUUGGCGCCAUUCGCUACGCAAGUUACCGAAACCACGAGAAGAAGAAGAGACUUAGACGGCAGGCUGAGGAGGCUCAACAAGCCCGCAUGAACGAUGGGAAACUUGAUCGCAGCUCAGCACCCGACGCCGCAGCGCUGCUGGCAGCAAACUAAACCACAUAGACUAGAUUUCUGUCUCGACAACAUAACGUACAUAUAUUUCAUUUGUUACGAAGUAGAGAGAUACCCAAGCUAGGAAACAUAGAAGGCAUUAUAUGCAUAGCAUCGAAUGGGAGAAAAAAUCCAUGCUCG